UGCUGCACUAUUAAUGGCGGUAUUCGUUAAAGAAUCGGUUUCUUCACGCGUCUCCCCCUAUUAUUCUAAUCUCAUUUCUCGAAUGCCGUAAAGUUUUUCAACUUUUUCUCUUCCUGAAUCUUCAAGAAACACCUUCUUCUUUCUCCAUUUUCCCACUUUCAUUCCUUUCAUGGUUUGAUCUUGUAUGCACAAACUUAGAAAAAAUCACUAAAACUAAGCUCCGAUCAACUUCACUAUCACUCACCUGAAGAAAUUUGAAGACUUUAUCAAAUGGGUCAGACUGAUCGGAAGGAGGACUCCAUUAAUGGCCAAGAUGAAGUGAACAGACAUAGGAACAGAGCAUGGACAGAUUCAAGCUUCGACUUUUCUAAUGAUGCAGCAAGGGUGUUGAAAGAGUUCGAAAUGGGUAUUUCCUCAGCUUCUCCGCCGUCGAGCAGUGGUGGGUUGUCUAAAAUCGCGGAGAGUCCAUCCUACGGUCAGCUUACUCCGAGGGAAGUUAGGGUUUCGUUUAAUGAGACGAUGGUAGAUGAGACAAUACGUCGCCGGUCUAAUGCGAGUGGACAAGUGAAUGAAGAUGUGGUUAUCUGCAGUGGGAACUCGUCGUUUCAACGGAAGUCGGGUAUUUUGAAGACGAAAAACAAGUCGAGAUUGCUUGAUCCGCCGUCAGAACAGGAUAUGAGAUCGCAGAAAACGAUGAAAUCGGGAAUGUUGAGUAGAGGAAGUGAGAUUGAUGAAGAUGAUCCAUUCUUGGAUGAUGAUUUACCAGAUGAGUAUAAGAGGAUGAGAUUCAGUGUGCUGACUGUUCUUGAGUUGGUGAGUUUAAUCUUAAUCAUAGCAGCUUUAACUUGCACUUUAGCUAUUAAAACAAUUAGAAAAAGAAGACUGUUUGAACUUCCUCUAUGGAAAUGGGAGGCUAUGGUUUUGGUUUUGAUAAGUGGUAGACUGGUUUCUGGAUGGGGAAUUCGAUUAGCUGUCUUCUUCAUUGAGCGAAACUUUAUAUGGAGAAAACGAGUUUUGUAUUUCGUUUACGGAAUUAGAAAUGCUGUUCAGAACUGUAUCUGGUUAGGGUUAGUUUUGAUUGCUUGGCAAUGCAUUUUCGACAAAAGACUUGAGAGAAUGACAGAUGGGAAAUCUCUCCAUCAUGUUACCAGAAUUUUGAUCUGUCUUUUGGUGGGCACUUUAAUCUGGCUUCUAAAAGCUCUCCUUGUUAAGGUUCUAGCUUCAACUUUCCACGUCAACACCUUCUUCGAUCGUAUUCAGGAGUCUUUGUUCAACCAAUAUGUAAUCGAGACCCUUUCCGGGCAUCCAUUGAUAGAAAUAGAGCAAGAACAUGAAGAGGAAGAGAAGAUCUUGUCCGAGGUUCAGAAACUUCAGGAUGCUGGUGCUAGUAUUCCUGCUGAGUUAAAGGCAAAUAUUUUUAGGAAAAGUGGGAGAGUGAUUGGGAGUGGAAGGCAUCAAAAGAGUCCUAGGUUUUCAAAUGACAUGUCGAAGAAGAAUGAAGAUGGUAUUACAAUAGACCAUCUUCAUAGGCUGAAUCAGAAGAAUGUAUCGGCUUGGAAUAUGAAGAGGCUGAUGAAUAUUGUUCGGAAUGGUGUUGUGUCUACUCUUGAUGAACAAAUACAAGAUUCGUCGGGUCUGGAUGAAUCUGCAGUGCAGAUAACGAGUGAAUGUCAAGCGAAAGCUGCUGCAAGGAAAAUCUUUUACAAUGUCGCUAAACCUAGUUCCAAACACAUUUAUUUGGAGGAUCUUAUGCGUUUCUUGGGGAAAGAAGAGGCCAUGAAGACCUUGCGGCUCAUCGAAGGAUCGAAUGAAAACAAGGGAAUUGGCAAACGAGCUCUUAAGAAUUGGGUGGUUAAUGUGUUCAGAGAGCGUAGGGCACUUGCAUUGUCCCUUAACGAUACAAAAACAGCUGUUAACAAACUCCAUCAGAUGCUCAACAUAGUAGUAGGACUCAUUGUCCUGGUUAUAUGGCUUCUCAUUCUCAGACUUGCUACGACACGUUUCUUCAUCUUUUUAAGUUCCCAGUUACUUUUAGUUGCCUUUAUGUUUGGAAACACCUGCAAAAUGACUUUCGAAGCCAUUAUAUUCUUGUUCGUUAUGCACCCAUUUGAUGUCGGUGAUCGUUGUGAGGUUGAUGAUGUACAGAUGGUAGUCGAAGAAAUGAAUAUAUUAACUACGGUUUUCUUGAGGUAUGAUAACCAAAAGAUCAUAUACCCGAAUAGUGUUUUGGCGACAAAACCUAUCAGCAACUUUUAUCGUAGUCCUGACAUGGGGGACGCAAUUGAUUUCUGCAUCCAUGUCUCAACUCCUUUCGAGAAGAUAACGCAAAUGAAAGAGAAAAUCACGAGGUACAUUGAUAACAAGAGCGAGCAUUGGUACCCGGCUCCUAUGAUAGUAUUGAGGGAUGUCGAAGACAUGAACAAGUUGAAAGUAUCGGUUUGGCUUUCACAUCGAAUGAACUUUCAAGAUAUGGGCGAGAGAUGGGCUAGAAGAGCGCUUUUAGUGGAGGAGAUGAUCAAAGUGUUUCGUGAGCUUGAUAUUGACUAUCGCAUGAUCCCGUUCGACGUUAAUGUUCGAAAUUUGCCAUCGUCCAAUAGACUUCCAUCGAAUUGGAUGACCUUUUCCUCUUAAAUUUGUCUUCUCAUAAAUUCUAUGUAUAUUAGAAGCACACAUUUAGGUAAAAUGAUUCUCAAAUCCAAAUUAGUAGUAGUAAUGUAUUUAUUUAGAUUAUAUUAUACUAAACCUUUUUGGAUGCUUAACAUUCCC